GCCGUUUUGACAAACAUAUUGGGUUCGCCUUGCAUAGAAAUGGAGUCUGAAUAAGAGCACAGACUACUACCUUAGAGUAUAUAUCAGUUGUUAUUUCUUAACAAUUAGCAAAACCCAUGACUAAUUUCGGUCGUGCAUUCUCCUUUAGACAUUAGUCCUUCGCCAUUUUAUCCGACAGCCUUUUUUGAAAUAGAUGUAUACAUUAUGCUCUAGUAAAACCAUAGGCACAGAUCAAUUCUGUUUUUAUUUUCCACCAGACAUCAACGAGUGCGCUUCUGAUAAGUAUAAUCUGUCUCACUGUGAGACAUGCACAAACAUCCCUGGUAGCUAUAUUUGUGCAUGUAAGCCGGGCUCAGAGGCUUGGAUUGUAUUAUUUGACUUUGAGACCGGCAAACAGGGAUGGACUAUGACUGGAACAGUGUUUAAUAAUCAGCCAACGUACGAAGACAAUGCCGGAAAAAGAGGAAAACCAGCAAAUAUCAAUGGAAAAUGGUGGAUAGGAGGAUAUGAAAAUCGACCAAGUCCUUCUCAUCCAGCAGGGAGUGUACAAGGUGAUGGACCUGUAGGAACAAUGACGUCACCGCCAUUCAAGAUACGUGGAUCUAAAUUAAGGUUUUUGAUAGGCGGUGGGUGCAAUAUAGCUAAAGAAAGGGCCGAGCUUUUGAUUGGCGAAAAGAUUGUUGCUAACAAAACGGGAAACUGCAAUGAAUAUAUGGUUAAAAAAGAGUGGGAUGUUCRAAACUACAUUGGACAAGAAGCCCGAYUUCGGUUGGUCGAUGUGAACAGAGGAGGAUGGGGACACAUCAAUUUUGAUCAUGCUGAAGGUUACUUCUGUUAACAAAUAAAAAACCUCUAACAUGGCCAUCAAAAAAAGAAGAAAAACAAACAUAACAACAUCAAUAACAGUGAAUUAUCUCACAUGUUCUAAGUAGAUCCAUGAUCAUCAUCAGGCCUAAUUGGUUGAAAACCUCUUCAACCCCUCGAUGUAUAUCAGAUUUUUAGAUUAGAGACAGGGAAUGACAAAAUCUGAAAAAUAUAUCAAAUCCAUAGUCAUAUAUAUGUUAUCAAAGAAGCAAGAU